CUCGGCCCGAAAGCCAAGCCAAGCCGACACGACACGACCACGAGACUGGACGAGGUGGAUUGCUCUCUUUCCGUCGCAAUCUCCUCCACGACGACGACGAAGACGCACCACGAUGUCAACCAACGCCGUAGCCGUAGCAGCAACGACCAUGAGGGCAGCCGUCUUGGCAGCACGGCCCACCGCUCCAUGGGCCCUCAACGGGGCGACAGCAUCGUCGGCUCCCUCUUCAACGAUUGCUUCCACUUCACGGCUACCGGCGCAGGGCUGCGCACGGCUUCGCGGCUCCAUUGCCCAUUGCCCGCCCCUCGCAGUCGCUCACCGCCACUUCUCAUCCUCACGGUCCAAUCAUGCCGCCGACCUCCGCGACGAGGACAUCCCUUCGCGGAUGAUCAGCCUCGUCCUGCCAGAGGGCGGCCUGUCCGAGAAACCAGUUGACCUUCGCAAGCUCCUCCGAGACAUCGAUCGCAAGGAGUCCUUCGUCGUUCAGGUAGCAGAGGGCGGCGAAGGUCGCUAUCCCAUCUGCAAGAUCAUUAACAAAAAGGCAGCUUACGAAAAGGCCAAAGACCUCAAAAAUCGCGUGCGCUCAAAGACGUCGCAGGAGCGCAACAAGAAGAUGAAUUUGCAGCUGACGUGGUUGGUGACGGAGAAUGACCUCGAGCACAAGGUGAAGACGGCUAGCAGGCACUUUCACAAGCGCGGCAAGAAGGGUCAGGUGGAGAUUGUCAUCGUGACGAGAAAGGGGAUGAAGGCAGGGAGCAUGGACCAGAAGCAGGCCUUCGUUGCGCGCUUACACGAGAAGAUGACGGCAAUCGAAGCAGAAAGCGAGAGUGCAAGUGAUGAGGCCGAGGAGGGAAAACAACCGACUGCGCCGCCGUCAAGACCGCGCGAGACAUUCAAGGUUCAACAAGCCAGAGAGGCCGAAUGGCAGCAGGACCACAAAGUGACAUUAAUUUACGAGGCAGUCUAGAGUAGAGUAUCUCCGGUCACGCAUCUAUUCGUGGCUGCUAUGCACCAUCGCGCCUCGCGCUUACAUCCUCGAGGCAAAAGAAUUGUCCACUUUGGUGUGCGUCCCGCUAGCCGUCUUUCUGAUGCGCCCGCCGUCCUCCGACUCCAACAGAUACAUAUCGCAUGUGACAACGACGAUGCGGCUUCCCAAGCU